AUGGUUCUUGGCAUGGCCCAUUUAGACCCUGACCCGGUGGGCCUGGAUCGGGCCGUGCCAGGCAUGACCCAGUGCCUAUGUAUAGCUCAAGCAGCUGCCUUUCAUGCGAGCAGCAGCAACAAAGGAAACUUUAAAUUCAAGCCAGGUAGGAAAACCAAAUGCGAGCAUUGCGGGAAGGUUGGUCAUGAAAAGACAAAAUGCUGGGAAUUGGUGGGCGAUCCAACAGCUUGGGAGUCUCGACGUGGUGGAAGGAGCAAGAAGAAUGGCAGUGCAGGAGCUACCACACAUGCGGUGCAAACUGUUAAUGAUGCCUCAUCACUUCCAACUACAGCACCACAAUUUUCAGGCCUCACCAAUGAUCAAUAUCAACAACUAGUGAUACUUCUUAGUUCAUUCAAGAAUUCUACUGACCAACUUGCAGGUGAGGGGCUCGCAUUUGAUGGUAGUUAUUGGAUACUAGAUACCGGCGCCUCCAUGCAUAUGACCGGCUACUUGGAUCUCCUUAUCAAGCCAGCGACUAUCUCACGACCCUGCCUAGACCUCACCUCGAGGAGGCUGAUUGGAGCGGGUGAACAGUAUGGGGGAGUCUAUCGGCUUGGACAUAUGGCAACAUUAUCCGCAUUUUCAGCUGUCAAGAUAGAUGCUUUUGAUAUUUGGCAUAAGUGGCUGGGACAUCUGUCGCACCAGGCCUUGUCUCUUAUCUCAAGUAUUCCAAUAAAUAAAGCAGAGAAUGUUAUUUAUGAUGUUUGUUUUCAUGCCAAACAGACACGAAGCUUAUUUCCUAGGGAGAGGCAGACGGUGCUCACGGUUGCUUUCUUUUUCUUGCCCGAUCCAACUAGAAAGGAGAAGGGCACCACGAAUGGUGGGUGGCACGUCGAGAUUGCCACGUGUACCACUGCUCAUCCCGUUGAGAGAGCUGAGAUCGCCGCUCUGGUGAAGGAGACAGAGAUCGUCACAGAUGACGAUGGCUAUGCUUGGAAGGUGCUGAAUGCGCCACCGAUUGCUCCGCCGGUAGUUGUGGUGGCUGGGGUAAAAACUCAAUUUGAUCAUGUCAUUAAAGUCAUUGGAAGGUAUAAUGGGCAAGAAUCUGUAUCUAGCCAAGUGCAAGAAUUUUAUUUUGAUAAUAGCAUAGUGCACCAGACAUCUUGCACUGAUACUCCGCAGCAAAAUGGACGAGUGGAACAUGAACAUCGCCACAUUGUCAAUGUGGUGCGUGCACUACGAUUUCAAGCCGGAUUGCCCGUCAAGCCACGGAGCAAAGAUAGAUUUCAUGAGCAGGCCCAGCGAUGUAUUUUCAUAGGCUAUCCUUAUGCAAAGAAGGCCUGGAAGGUUUUUGAUUUGGUAACAGAAGAAAUCUUCACCUCUUGUGAUGUUAUUUUUCAUGAAGGUUAUUUUCCUUUCUUACAUUCAUCAAGUGAUGAUGAGGUAUCACCACCUAUCAUACCACUUCCACCUGUUCUUGAUUCAUGUUCUACUUCCAUAGUUGACUCCAUGCCAAGUCCAAAUGAGAUAAAACAUAGUCCUCCAAAUCUCACUAAUAGUCUUGUAGAAACAUCCACAAAUAGGACAACUAAUGAAGUAAGGGGGAGUGCAAUAGCACAUGCUCCAUACUCAGCUAAUGAUGAAGCACAUGAUCAGCAACAAAUUGUUAUACAAUCCAGUAGACCAUGCCGCAUCAAAAGGCCCCCAUCACACUUGAAGGAUUUUGUUUGCCACACUGUCCAAACCAAUGACUCUUCUCUGCCGUCUACUUCUCUAGCAUCCUCAGAUAUGUCCUAUCUUAUUAAGAAUUUUGUCACUUCUCAACAUUUUUCUGCUUCUCAUCAAGCUUUUGUAGCUACCAUAGACUCUGAUGUUGAGCCGAGGACAUAUUCUAAAGCCGUCAAAGAUCCAAAGUGUGUGCGAUGCUUACUUGUGGUCACCCUCGCCAAAAACUACAAGGUCCACCAAUUGGAUGUGAAUAAUGCCUUCUUCCAUGGCGAUCUCGACAAAGAGGUUUACAUGCAACUACCCCCAACUUCACUUCUAAUGGUCCCAACAAAGUUUGUCACCUACAUAAAUCUUAAUAUGGCUUGCGACAAGCUUCUCGCAAUUGGUUUUCUAAGCUUUCAUCAGCAUUGA